AUGGGUGGAAAACGGCUCGUGGAUUUCGAAUCCAUUUUAGCAGACGUCUACGGUACAGGAUUCUAUCAAAUCACUUUACUGAUUGCGUGCUCAAUGACAUGCUUUAUUGGUGGUUUGGAAAUUCAGACGAUUCUGUUUAUGCACUAUACACCCGCGUUCACUUGUCAAGAAGUACCAGCAUCAUUGCCACUUUCCGUGAACUGGGUGCCCCGGGAAACGUACGAAAAACUCGUUCAGCAUCCGAACGAUACGACAUGGUUGGGACACGCAUCUAACAGUACUGUUCAACAAUGCUGGGCUGUACUCACACACCCAUCAUCCAAUGAGGUAACACCGUUUUCCUGCUCAAACUGGACAUAUGAUCAAACAAUAAUGUCCAAUACAGUUGUAACACAGUUUAACCUUAUAUGUGAUCGAAAUUUUUGGGUUCCCUUAAUGGAAGCCUCUUAUCUGAUAUUCAAUUCUGUUGGGUUCGUCGUCGCUUUUGUGAGUGAUAAAAUCGGAAGACGAAUUCCACUACUUGGGUUUGCUGCGUGGGGGAUAGUCAUAUGUCUUGCCACACCAUUUGUACAAUCCCUUCCAGUACUACUAUUUUUGCGCUGCUGUCGUGGAAUGUCUACUGCUCUUAUGUACAUUGGAAUAAACUUACUUUCUGAACUGGUACCAGUCAGCUAUCGGGCUGCCUACGGUAAUGUGUACUGGACAUCAUGGCCCGUUGGUUAUAUGGUUUGUGCCGGUAUAGCCUACUUGGUACGUGACUGGUUCACCCUGCGGCUAUGGUCAUGCGUAUUUCUGUUGCCCUAUCUCUGCUAUCCCUUCAUUGUUGUUGACUCACCGCGGUGGUUGUACGUCCGCGGACGAAAGAAGGAAGCCAUAAAGAUACUGCAAAAAUUGGCCCGAUGGAACCGGGUUUCGCUUCCAGCCGACUAUUUCGAUCGAAUUGAAGACAGAUUACCAUCUGAGAUCGUGAAUUGUGGGGGAAACUCUUUGGUAAGUUACGAUGCAAUUUCAAGUAAUGGGAUUUCAAUUGAUCGAUUAAAGGACAACGAGCAGGCCAACGAUGAGAAAGAGGACAGUUUUAUGGAUAUCUUUAGGUACCCGAACUUGCGGAAUAAUACACUGAUUUUCUGUGUCGUACACAUCGCUAUUGCUGUUGUGUACUACGGCCUAAUUAUGGACAGUCUGUUCACCAUUGACGACAUUUUUAUGAACAUGGUUCUAUCGGGUUUGGUGGAGCUACCUUCCAGUUUUUUGUCGUGGGCAGCAUGCGCAUAUUUAGGACGAAGAAGCUCAACUGCCGCUCUUCUUCUCAUUUCGGGUAUUGGUGUCCUCGUUUCACGCAUGGUAACCCCAAACGUUACUGUUCUGCGCACAACAACUGCGUUAAUUGUGAAGUUCGCUCUUGGGAUUGCAUACUGCGUAGCUGAUCUCUUCAUUACAGAGCUCUAUCCAACAACAUUACGCAAUAUCGGAUUCUUCACCGUGGUCACACUUGCAGGACUAGCGUCUGCGGUUGCUCCGUACAUAAACUAUCUCGGUCGCAUAAACACGUACCUGCCCUAUUUGAUUUACGCGGGCCUGUCGAUUGCUUCCGCAAUCAUGGUUCAAUUCGGGCUUCCUGAAACACGUGGCUGUCCACUUCCACAAACCGUGAAGGAGUCACAGGGCUUCGUCCGGGGAAAGGAACGUGACUGGUGUGAGAAAAGAAAACGCAUCUACGUAGAUCCAGCCGUUGGAAACACUAUUAUACCCAUCCCGGUCAAUGAAUGA